AUGGACCUGAAGGGCGACUGCGGCAUCUAUUGUACUACCUACGCGCUGCUGAAUGCCUUAGAGAUGACUAGAUGGUCUGGCCCGGCAGUAUCAAGUCCUACUUUGUCGGGUUCAACCCGCUCCGAAUCAGCCCAGUCCGAAUUGCCCCCGUCCGGGUGUGCGCUGCCUCUCAUUUUCCGUGUGGCUUGGUCGGCAGUGGUAUUGGAGUACAGCGAGAACGUUUUGCCGUUCGCUCUGAGUGUGGUCUACGCUGGUUUAUUUCGAUUGCUAUGUGAGCAGUGGUACACGGUGAACGUGGCAGUGGGGCGGGCGAGCGUGGAAGAAGUGCCGUGGUCUUAUAUCCACGAAGUGGCGCCCUGGCUUUGUUCCUUGUUUAGAGACAAGCUUUUUCGUGAGUUGCCGGCGCCGCAGAUUUUGACGAGGAGUGUGCUCCGAAGCAUGGCGAGUAGCCAGCCGCUGGACGCCACGUACCAGCAGCUGUGGUCCAUGAUGAACGCCCACGAUUACCAAUGGCAGUUCAGUCUCCCCGUACUCGUGGCGAACCAACGCUGGAUUUGUCAUGCCUAUCCCCGCUGGGACCGCUUUUACUCCGAAGACCGCUCAGUCAUGCCCGUGCCCGGUCUGGAGCAGAGAGCAGCACAGCUGGAGCAGUCCUGGCUAGCCGGCUCCUCUCUGAAUGAAUCCUGGUUCCAUGGGACCUUGAACAAACUAAAAUGCUACGCCUGUUCUUUGUCCCGUGCAUGUCAGUUCACGCCGUGUUGCCUAACGCCGUUCCACGAAGAAUGCUGGGCCAACGUCGAGGCCAACGCCGAGGCCAGUGAGUCGUUCACCUCAGCAUCGGUAAACGACUCGCCGGGGGCUGUUCGGUGUCCAGUGUGCAAUGCUCUGAUUCUGAUGCGAGGUGAAUUGCGGGGCUCACGCCUCGAAACCGAGUUUACAGAACACCUCCAACAGAACGCGAGCUACAACGUUCCUUUGACGCUAACGGAUCUACCGCAAGACCCCGACACCUCUCCCGACACCUCUCCCGACACCUCUCCCGUCCCGGUUUUGGUGUUUGUAAGAACGACCAGCGAAUUUCAAAACGCAAUCGACUCAUUCUACCUGAUGGCUACGGUGCCAAUAAUUAUAAUGCAAUCGCUCGGUCUCCGACAGAGACUUGCCCAGCCGCUAAUCCCGACCAAUCCCAUAGUGGACCACUGCGUAUACAAGCGCUCCGUCUAA